AAUAAAAUCACAAUAAAAUAAUAAAUAAAUAAAUAGAAAAAGUCGUGAUCACAAAAAAACAUCUAUUUUGUUACUUUGAGAUCACAAUAAAAUAAAAUCACAAUAAAAUAAUAAACAAACAAAUAAAUAAAUAAAGUCGUGAUCACAAAAAACAUCUAUUUUGUUACGUUGAGAUCAAAACAAAAUCACAAUAAAAUAAAAUCACAAUAAAAUGAAAAAUAAAUAGAAAAAGUCGUGAUCACAAAAAAACAGCUAUUUUGUUAUGUUGAGAUCACGAGAAAAUUAAGUAAAUAUCACCAAAAAAACUACUAUUUUGUAAUGUUCAGAUCACGAGAAAAUUACGUCGUGAUCACAAAAAAAACAAGAAAGAAAGAAAAGUAAAAAAAGAAGACGAAUGGUGUCCUCUUAGGGCUUCCGUAAGAAAUAAAAUAAUAUAUAUUAGUUCCAUAAAUCAAAGCGCGUUGUAUGACUUUUAUUUUGAAAUGUAAACUCUGUUCCGGUUUGUACCGGGAGUAAUGAAAGAAGUAGCAAGUAUGGAGUCACUAACAGAGCAAAGCGGGCUCCCUCGGGCAGAGAGAAAAGCUCUUGAAAGAGCUAAACUCGUUCAAAAAGAGACUCAGAGAAAUAAUUUUAAACUGGUGGCCGGGAUAUUAAAGAAACCCGAACGCGAGCGAACCCAAGAGGAGUGCGCUUUACUUGAAGGGCAUCGAGACACCGUGCAAGAGCUGAGCAAACGCCAGGCUCGGAGAAACCUCCUCAAACGGAAACAGGAAGAGCUCUUUGAUGAUGAGGAGGAUCUGAGCACCAAAGUGAAGCAGCUGGCCGAAGCGAUGCGUCAGGCUCGCCACGUUGUCGUCUACACCGGAGCCGGGAUCAGCACGGCUGCUUCCAUCCCGGAUUACCGCGGGCCUAACGGAGUGUGGACUCAGCUCCAGAAGGGACACGCUGUCAGACACUCAGACCUCAGCGAAGCAGAACCGACUCUGACUCACAUGUGUAUCCAGAUGUUACACAAAGUCAAAAUGGUUCAACACGUGGUCUCUCAAAACUGUGACGGUCUCCACUUGCGCAGCGGGCUUCCCAGACACGCCCUGUCUGAGCUGCAUGGGAAUAUGUUCAUCGAGGUGUGUGUGUCGUGCUCUCCGGUUCGCGAGGUGAUCCGUCUGUUCGAUGUGACGGAGCGCACGGCGCUGCACAGGCACGCUACGGGCCGGCGGUGCGCUCACUGCAGAGGGGAGCUGAGGGACACCAUAGUGCACUUCGGUGAGAGAGGCAUCCUGGAGCAGCCGUUAAACUGGAAAGGUGCCGCGGCGGCAGCAGAACAGGCCGAUCUCAUCCUCUGCCUCGGCUCCAGUCUGAAGGUCCUGAAGAAGUAUGCGUGCUUGUGGUGCAUGAAAAAAACAGCUGCUAAGAGACCAAAGCUAUAUAUUGUCAACCUUCAGUGGACACCAAAAGAUGAUUUGGCCACUCUGAAAAUACAUGGAAAGUGUGAUGAUGUAAUGCGUCUCCUGAUGGAAGAGUUAGGAGUUGAAAUUCCAACUUACGACAGAUCCGAGGAUCCCAUCUUCAGCUUAGCCACCCCUCUCAGAGUGGACGAAGAGGACAGUCACAGCCGUAAAACCUUAGCGCCCCCUGCUGCACUGGAGCACUCUGAGUCUGAUUCAGCGAGUCAAGCUGAAGAGACUGGAGUACAGGGUGGCUGGUUUGGGCGAGGUUAUUCCAAGGCAAGGAAGAAAAGAAAAACUACAUAGUGACAUGGAGUUUUGCUUCAGGAUAGCAGAGUUUUUGCUUCAAAGAAACAUUCCACCAGCAAUCCAUAUAUUUAUGAUUAUACUGCAAAUCCAGCUAUUUUGAUAUAUUAUUAUGAGACAGUUUGGUCACCUGGAUGACUGAAAAUACUUUACUAAGAAGUGCAGAUGUGUUCUCAGUAGAAAAACAGUGAGGUUUCUAUUCACCUGUUAGGAUAAUAAAACUGCCAAUAAAUGCAAUCAAGGAUGAUAGAAACAGACUUUGAAACUAUCAAGUCCAGUAGGUGUAUAUAAGCAUGCAUUCAGGUAAAAUAACUAAACCAGCCUUAACCUCAGUAUAAAAGUGUCUCUGCUGUAAAUAAUUACAGUUUCAGUGCUGUGUGGAAUGUUUCUUUAAGAUAUUAAUUGCAUUAGGACUGUGCCAGAUUUUCAGUAUUAGCCAUUUGCACCUUAUGUUUAUUCUCUCAGGUAUUAAGCAAAACUUGAUGCAUUCAAUUAUGCUUAGAAUCAGUGUUGAGAGAAGCUUAAAUGAAGUCUAAUUCUGACUCCUGUGUGGUUGAGUUUUGUUUUACUUGCUCCACCACAUCUAGUGUGCACAAGGUCAGAAAUUUGAUGAAAUCUGUAGUGAAGAUUUUAUAAAAGUAGCUUGCUACUUUAAAAUGUCAUCUAUAGACUAGGACAAAGUCAGUUUAUCAAUAAUGCACAGCAGUGGUCAUCCAUUAUGGUGCUUUCACACUUGCCAUUUUUUUCCCUGUCAACCAUCAGAGCAGGUUUUACGUGAAGUCCUCUGGAAAGUGGCCGUAAGCAGGUUCAAUUGACCGAUCUAAAAAAAAAAAAACAACAACAAAAAAAAAAGAGUAUUAGUGAAGGAGAUUUACUACGUGUUGAAAAGACAAUAUUUUUAUUGCCGAUAUUUCAACAUCACACACUAACUAAAAUGCACAAGCUGUUUAUUUUUAGGGUGUUCACCAGUAUGUGAUGUGACCUCCCAAUUUAACUGAUGCAGCAUACAGGUAGGUCACACAAGCAGGUCAAAUUCUCUUGAUGUUUUGCCUCCAAAGCUACAGCAAAGCCAAACAAGCUCCUCAUCAUCAGAGUUAUACCAAUCUUUAUUUCAUCUGCAUUCUUGAUAAAUAAAUCUAUUCUAUAUAGGACAAGACCGACUAGUCAGUUACUUGCUGAUUAAAACAUUGUUGUAGUUGUAUCUCAUUGCGCGAGCUGACUUUUUUUGUUGUUGUUGUUUGUCCAUAUCCGUACAAAAAAAAAAAUCUGUAUUUUUACUGAAGAAAAGUGUGAAAGCACCCUUCCAGUUAUCACUGAGUCAAAUUCUCAACAGUGUUUGUGGCAGCAGACCACCAUCGAUGGAAAUUACACUUUAGAAAUUCAUUUCAUAACAUUUAUUUAAGUUAUAAUUUAAAAACCUUGGGUAGAACAUUAUUGCCUUAGACACUCUAUGUAAUGUAGUACAUGGGUCAGAAAAAAAUUCCUAAUGAUGUACAGCUUAAUAACGAACAAACUGUGUGUACAUAUAUGACCUUUUAUUUUAAAGGAUGAUGUGGAUUGAGUUCUGGAACGUCUCUAAUUUAGCAGUGACUCCGUCGCUGCUCAUAACACUGUGUUUACAUGAGCUCAGUUAAUGGUGUAGUCUUAAAUUACUGUGGAAAUGUACUGAUCCUCAGACAAAUGAAAAUUUAUGUAUAGAGACUUAACAUGUCUCGUGUGUUUAUAUUACAUUAGCUUUGUAAGUUUGUGUGAAUUUUCUUUUUAAGAUUAUUUUAAACCUACAAGAGGGUUUGGUUUUUGUAUUUUGGUGUUCGUCUUGAAUUUGGACAGACUGAACCACUAUGAUGUUUAAUGUACCUGUAAGUUGAAUUUGUUGAACAGAAUAAAAAGGAAAAUUUAAUACGGGUUAAUCUCUCUUUCUCUUACAAAUUUUUGUCUUUCCUCAUUUAGGGUCAUGAACUUGUAUGCAAAUGUUUUUUUCUUAUGGCUUGUCUCGGACAAGCCGUGAUAAAAGUUUACUGUUUUAAGCUGUUAUUUGCUGUUUUUGUGUGCAUUUAACCCGUGGAAGUCAUUUUGACCCAUGGAUGUAACUUUUUUUUUUUGAAUGAAUGUUUAUCAAAUUACAAAAAGAAUGACUUUGGAUGGUAAGUUAAACACGUCAUAGUUUUUCACUGUAAUCUUUACAGCAAUUACACUUGAGACAAAUAAGAUGAACUAAGAAACUUUUUGGUUUGAUCCCUCUUAUUUUAUUGGAAUGUCUUUUUGUAUAAAUAUGUUUUGUAAAUGGAACUGAACACACACUGUCACUGCUGUUAAAAGCUUUAUUCCUUUAUC